UUCAAUAUUGUAAACUCUAACUCCAUUUUCUGUUCAAUUUUAGAUACUGGGUUUUCAUUCUUCAUUUCUUCUUGAGAAUUUAGUUUUAGUUGUUACAUGGGGAUGGUCAUAUAUUAUGGUGGGUUCUUAUCUAGUUUUCCAGGAAAGUUUCGGACAGUUAAAAUGGUAAAUUCUACUGAAUCUACUACUGUUCUUCGGUGGAAAGUCUUGGAACAAGUUGAUGAAGAGUUGAUGAAAGGAGAUGAAAGAGCAGCACUAAACCUUGUCAAAGAUUUGCAGAGUAAGCCCGGUGGUCUUUGUUGUUUUGGCACUGCAAGGCAGAUACCCCCGAGGCUUUACACCUUGGAUGAACUGAAGCUAAAUGGUAUUGACGCUUCAAAAGUUCUAUCACCAGAUGACAGGACACUAGGUUCAAUAGAAAGAUACCUUCAAGCUGCGGCUGUUUUAGGAGGCAUUUCUGCAUGGGCUGUUUUCGGUCUUACUCAGGAACAAACACUCUUCGCUGUUAUUGGAUUAUUUUAUUUUGCAACCCUAGACUCCAUAGCUCUCAAGGGAGGAUUUAGUAGUCUAAUGCUUGAUAUGAUUGGUCAUGCUGUGAGUCAGAAGUACCGCAAUAGAGUUCUACAACAUGAAGCUGGUCACUUUUUGAUUGCUUACGUGCUCGGAAUUCUUCCGAAGGGAUAUACCCUGACAAGUUUAGAGGCUUUGAGGAAGGAAGGAUCUCUAAAUGUUCAAGCUGGAACAGCUUUUGUGGAUACUGAAUUUCGUGAAGAAGUUGACUCAGGAAAGCUUACACCCAAGAUGUUGGACAGGUUCUCAUGUAUAGCACUGGCAGGUGUUGCCACAGAAUACCUUUUAUUUGGAUACUCGGAAGGUGGCUUAUCUGAUAUUUACCAGUUGGAUAGCUUGCUUAAGAGCCUGGGGUUUACACAGAACAAAGCAGAUUCACAGGUGAGGUGGGCUUUACUUAAUACAAUUCUAAUUUUGCGUCGACAUGAAAGAGUUAGAUUGGAACUUGCAGAAGCUAUGUCUUCUCGGAAGUCUGUGGGUUACUGCAUCGACACAAUAGAGAAUGUUAUAAAUGUUGAUGACAUUUAGGGAUUGAAAUAGCGGUAUCUACACCAUAUUCUUCUGUACUAGUCCAUCUUAGACACAAAUUUGUUUAUAUCAAUUUUCCCCAUUUCUGUUUCUUUCAAAUAAAUACUUCCUGAUAAUGUCUGUAUAAAUGCGUUAGUACAUAUUGUUUUACUUUGUAAGUGGUGCUGCUCAGACUAGUUGGUCUGAUUUCAUAGUAUAGCCAGGAGAAGUAGAAGAAUAGCCAACAUUUAUUUCUG